AUGGAGAGAGAUGGAGAGAGAAGCGCUGGCGCCCGCAGCAACAAUGGCAACGCUGGCAACAGCAGCAGUAGCAGCGCGCCAACAGUGGUGCAACAACUGCAACAACAACAAGCGCCAGAGAGCUUGCUUUGCCGCGCGAUAGAGGAAGAGAAGAAGAGAAAGUUGGUGGACGCGGGUUUGGCGCCAACGCUCCCUCAGCCAAGCACCAUCAGUCCUUCAUCACGAAAUGGAGCCGCAAAGGGAACCACGUGCGUGGAUGAAACAAAUGCAGCUGGCCGUGCAGCGCGCGAUGACAUCAACAAACACGUUUCGACCAGUGUGUCUCACCUGCUGCUGCUGUUGUUGUUGUUGCGAGGAAACGAUGACGAAUUUCGGAAGCAGCGUGGAAAGCAGCAGCAGCAGCAACAGCAACAGCAGCAGCAUGAACGCUUCUUCGUUGCAAUGCACAGCAUCACCCUGUGUCCGUGGCUUUUGUUGCUGCUGUCAUCAUCGCGUGCUUCUCAUGCUGUUCCGUCAUCAUCAUUCCAAUGA